AUGCAGAUGAGAGACAAUUAUGGUGGUAUGAGGAAACUUGAGAAGCAGCUACAAAAGGAGCUUAGUGAAAUUCUGAAUAAGGAGGAAAUGAUGUGGUUUCAGCGAUCGAGAACUAUGUGGUUGGCAGAUGGUGACCGCAAUACAAAAUAUUAUCACAUGAAAACUUUGGCUAGGAGGAGAAAGAACAAAAUAGUGAUGCUCAAAGACGAGGAUGGUACGUGGAUUAGUGAUCAUGAUACCCUAAAAAUGAAUGUUACAAAGUUUUAUAAAAACCUUUUCUUGUGUCCACAAGGUUUGUGUAACUGGAGGCAGUCUCCCAUCAGUUUUCCUAGGAUAUCUCUAGUGGAACUGGAAACACUGAAGGAGGAUAUUAGCGAUAUGGAAGUAAAGACAGCCCUUUUCUCCAUGAAGCAAGCCUUGGAAAGCUCCAGGUCCGGAUGGCUUUCCAGCUGGAUUCUAUCAGAAAGCGUGGAAUAUAGUGGGAAUGGAUUUAAUACAAUUGUCAAGGAUGUGUGGAAGAAUCCUAGUGGCAUGGCUGACUUUAACAAAACUGAUAAUUGUCUCAUCCCGAAAGUGGAUCACCCAACCUCUGUGGCUCAAUUCCGCCCUAUUUACCUUUGUAAUACGAACUACAAGAUUAUUAGUAAGGUGGUUGUAACGAGACUUAAGUUGUUUAUGUCACAACUUGUUUCUCCACUUCAGGUCGGGAUAUUGGAGGAGAUAGAACUUCCUAGGAAUAUCGUGAUUGUCAUUAUGCAUGGUGUGACUAGUGAGGAGACUAAUAUUAAUUGGAAUGGCAAUAAGAACGAGUUUUUCAGACCGCAACGAGGAAUUCGACAGGGUGAUCCAAUUUACCCUUAUCUUUUUGUUCUUUGUAUGGAUAAGCAUUCUCAUUUGAUAGAGCAUGCGAUUCUCGAGAAGAGUCAUCUUAUUCAUAUAUCUAGAUUUAGAGAAACUCAAAGCUUUAGCAAGUAUCUAGGUAUUCCUCUCAAAGGGAAAGCUAAUAGGAAACAGGACUUCCAAUAUGUUGUAGAUCAGGUGGCUAACAAACUAUCAGGUUGGAAAGCUUGCAAUCUCUCGUUUGCUGGUCGAGUGACAUUAGCCAAAAGUGUCAUUGAAGUUAUACCUACUUAUCCUAUGAUGACUAAUCUUAUCCCGAAAGCUUGCAUUCAAGAAAUUCAGAAAAUUCAACGAAGUUUUAUUUGGGGUGACUCAUAUUCGAGCAGGAAAUUUCAUGCGGUGAGUUGGGAUAAUGUUACAAGAGCAAAGUGUGAUGGAGGUCUUGGUUUGAGAAAUCUCAACAUUAUGAAUACCGCUUGUAAAAUGAAACUCGGGUGCAAGAUUUUGAAUGGUGAUGACGACUUGUGGUGUCAAAUUAUGCACAAGAAAUAUAAUGUGGUGCAUAACAGCAGUAGCCUACAAGCCAAGAAUUCUGACUCUUGCUUGUGGAAAGACAUAGCUAGAUCGUCGCUAGGGCUGGCUGAUUUGAGUGUCUGGAGAAUUGGCAAUGGUUUGGACAUCAAUCCGUGGACGCAUAGCUAG